AUGAAUGAGUCUUUCCAUCUCACACUGAUUUAUGCAACUUACCAGGACAUGGGCUCAGUCAAAUAUGUACUUUUCACAGGUAUUUUUUUGAUUUACUUUGUCUCCCUCAUAGUCAAUAUUUCUGUUUUGCUUUUGAUUUACUUGGACAUUUCUCUCCAUAAGCCAAUUGACUUUUUACCAAAAGAGCUUAAUGCAUUUGUGUCCAUGAAUUACGUACUUUUCCCCCCACUUAUGCAUCCGGUUAUAUAUGGUUUAAAAAACAAGGAAAUUCAACACUGCCUCUCCAAAAUGAGGAAAAAGGCCAUGUUUGUAGUAUCUCAAAGAUAG